CAGAGAUAUAAUUGUAUCCUUCUCUAUCUCAUGUAUCUCUUUCGCGAAUUUAUUGUGCGUUGUCCUUAAUACUUAAUAGUUCAGUGCAGUUCAGUUUCAGUGUUUUUAACUGGUUUAUCUCAAUCCAAUUUUGAAGAUAUAACAAUAAUAGAAAUGGCAUCAAUGCUGAUCGACGAUAACAAGGGCGAAAAUUACAUUACGCAACAAAAGUUCAAUGAAUAUGAAUUAAAUUGGAUUAUCGAAGAUUUCAAAUUUGUUUACGAAUCAUUGAAAGUAAUUGAAUCACCCAGAUUUCCUUCUACUUCAACAGAAAAUGGCAAAUGGUAUAUUGAGUUUAAUCUUGCAAAUGUGGACAAAGAUAAUGUAGAGAUAGUUGAAAUUUUCUUAAGAAACACAUUAAAUUUAAACAAAUAUAUAAAAUGUAAUAUACAGAUUAUCGAUUCUUUUGGAAAGGAAUCUAAAAAAUUUUAUUCCCAUUUCAACAUUUUUAAAACUUAUUUUAUUUGGAAGAAAAUAAAAGCAGAUUUCUAUAAAGAAUGGGAUAAAUCAACCCCAAGUAGUAUUAAAGUGCAUUGUAAAGUUAUGGUAUUGGAUUCAUUAAAUGAUGUUAUUCCAAGUGAAUUAACUCAUUAUUCAGAAUCGGAAAAUCUUUUGAGUCAAAUAGAAAAAUCUUUUGAAGAUGAAUCUUUAAAAGACGUCACUUUUAAAGUAGAAAACAAAGAAUUCACUGCCCACAAAAUGAUUCUCAGCCUUCGAAGUCCAGUGUUUGCAGCAGUGUUUAAAAGCAAGAUGAGUGAAGAAUUAACUUCAAUUAUUGAAAUUAAAGAUAUAGAGUCAACAAUAUUUCAAAACAUGCUUCGCUUUAUUUAUACUGACGAAGUGAAGAAUUUGAAAGAAUCUGCAGUACAACUUUAUAAUGCGGCGGAGAAAUAUCAACUGGAAAAAUUAAAGAGAAUGUGCAUCAAUAGUUUAUAUAAAAAUUUAUCCUUAAAGACAGUCCUAGAAACUCUGAAAUUUGCGAAACAAUAUUCAAUUUUUGAUUUAGAGCAAAGUUGUUUAAAAUAUUUAGCCUCAAAUAUAGAAACAUUGAAGAAAACACCUGAAUUUGAAGAAUUAAUAAAUAUGUAUCCCCGUUACUCUAUGGAAAUAAUCGAAAUACAACGGACAAUUAAUUAUAAAAAGCAACACUGAAAAAAAAGUCUGGUUAAAAUAACCAGAAUUCUGGUUAAUCUAACCAGAAUAAAAAGUUAUAUAUACCCUUACUACUUUUUCUGGUUAAAAGUACUAGAAAAUUUGGUUAAAAAAUUCUGGUUAAUUUUACCAGAAUUUCAAGUUAAUCUUACUAGAAUUUCAAGUUAAUCUUACUAGAAUUUUUCUAGUUAAAAA